AUGGUUUCUGGGCAUCAAGGUUGUUCGAACUUGUGCCCCAGAUGUCAAAGGGAUUGCUUAUGUCCGAACUGCAAGAAAUGCCACUUCUGCCAAUGCAGCGAACGUUUUAUUCUGCAAAAGGGUCAAAAAGCCGGUGAAAAGCUGCCUCACAGUUGUCAGGCAUACAAGGACGAGGUGGUGAUAUACUCAACUGCGCAAAACAGCCUCUACCAUCAUUACUCCCUAGCCGCGGGAAAAAAUGCAUGGCUCGAAUCAGAGAGUAAGGGAUAUGCGAAGAAUUGGGCCGAUGAAAAGGAACAGACCAAGCGUCUUCGGUCAGAAAUCCUCCGCAUUGGGGAUGAUAAGCUGUUGGUAAAAAACUUCGCAGAGUUGUUUUCAUCGGAGCCGAUUUCCAUCAUCGUCGGGCCCUCGAAGAAGAGUUUCACGAUCCAUAUCGAUUCACUACGCCGGGAAUCAACCUACUUCAACGAAAUACUCUCUGCAAAGACAAGCGAGGAUGGCCCCUUCCUUUUAGAUGGUGGAGAACACAAUAUUGAUGCAUUCGAGAUGUUUGUGGAGUACUGCUACUUUGGUACGUACUUCGGGUAUGAUGAGCCACACUUAUUGCUUCUCCACGCGCGAGUUUACGCUCUUGCCGGAAAACUCAAGUGUUUACCUCUGAAAGCUAUCGCCCUGAAGAAGGCAACAGAAUGGUCCUAUGGUGAUUCCACGAGACCUGAAGGAAGCCUCCUGCUAAGUAUAGUCGCAGACCUGGUUGAAGCUAUCCGAGUAGUGUAUACCUACACUGAAGACUCUGGGCAUGGAUUUAUAUUGCAUAGGCCUAUCCCAAAUGAUCCUAGCGGCUCACUAGAAAUAACCAGAGAUAGAUUUCGUCUCCUUCUAGCAAAGCUCGCUGGAAUGCACCUGAACGCGCUAAAGAAUCUGGGCGAGUUCGUUAAAGUCCACCACAAGUUCUCAGACUUUAACACAGACAUGCUUUUGUUCGUCAGAAAUGCUGUGGAAAAGCCCAAAGCCAGUACAAGCGAAUCUAGGAAUGCCCUGACCGAUGGACAAGAUGAAUCUAUACAGUUGCGAAGGAAUGAUAUUUCCGCAUUCAGCAGAUUUUUCAACACUGAUACGUUGGGCGUCUUUGUCGGCAAGCAAGCCAAAAGAUUCGAUGUCCACAUAUCUGCCGUUGAAUGCGCUGAAUUCUUCAAACGGCUUAUGACUUCUGCAAUGAUAGAAUCACGAGAUAAAGCAGUGGAUUUGACAUCCGAAAUCGACACACCGGAUGCAUUUGAAAAGUUUGUUCAAUACUGCUACCUUCAAGACUACACCUGCGACAAAGACCGAGCUGAUACUCUCACGCAACACGCAGCUAUCUAUGUGCUUGCAGACAGAUUGAUCUGCCCGGGCCUAAAGAAACUCGCCCAUGAGAAAGCAAGAAUAGUUUGCGAAAAUGCACACGCAGAGAAGCCAGACGAAGUGCUUUUUGCAAUCCCCGCCGCUGUGACGUUGGUCUACGAGAAUACCUAUGACAGCCACAACACGAAACUUCUAGAACCUCUCAGCAACAGCCAGCAGGAUGCAACAAAUGAGGCUUCCAGUUCCACCGAGGGCACUACUGCUACCGAGGGACCCCCGAAGGGGAAGAACGACGCCCAAACAGCCGCUUCUAAUGUGAAAAGCGCGCCGGCUUUGGAAACUACCAAUAGAGAUAGUUUUCGAGUCCUGCUUUCUCAGUUUGCUAGCCUCUACAUCUCCCAGUUGCGAACUCAAGAGCCAUUCAGUUCUGCCCAUCAUCGCUUCCCCGACUUCGCGACGGAUCUUAUGUCUCUGGCCACACCCGGCAAAAAGUUCGAGUUAGGAUCAGACGGUCAACUCAAGCUGUAG